AUGGGGAAUAAAGUUCCAUAUGGAGGUCAGACACUUAAGGUUACCUCGCGGGUCAUUUCAUUUAGGGGAACCCCCAGAAGUGACAUCAUAAUCAAGGCACCUGCAGGUUUUGGAAAACCCAAUGAAAAUGGCCAGAGCACUGUUACUGUCAGUUUACGGGAUGAUAAUACCAAUGUUUCCUUUGAUGUUGUGAGCUUCAUCUUCUCUGUGAGUAGUGAGGAAAUGUCUAAUGCCAAGCUUGGUGAAAGCAAUGAAAGAGUCAGUGAUGAAGGAAUACAGGAUAAUGGGGCUGAGAAACACAACACUGAUAAUGAUGGGGAAGUGAGUGAAGAGGGCCCAACAGAAGGAUUUGAGGUGCUACACAGUGAUGAAGAGUUGGACAAAAAUGAGGAAGAAAUACCAACCACCUCAGAUACAUUCAGCUCACAGGAGGACUCAAAUGAGUCUGAUUCUGCAUCAGAGUUCCAAAAGACAAAGGUCCAUACUGAUCAAUCAGAUAGCGCAGAACCUUCUGUCCUACACUACUUCCCCAGACAACUUAUAGGUGUCAGAUCACCUCUUGCAUUGACAUUAAUCCAUGAGGAAACUACUUCAGCAGAAGGAAAUGGCAAAGGAACCAACCCCAGAUCAGAUAUCUCUUCUGUAGAAGGUCAGACUGUUCCAACAAACUCAGAACCCAUUUUAGGACCUUUUCAGAAAGCACUGAGCUCCAGCUCAGAGGAGGAAACAGAUGAUAAAUGGAAGAACAGUGUCACUGAUCCAACACUGAGCAAGACCCCAAGGCUGACCUCAGGUCCAGAGUCCAUGGUAAAUACAGAAGUGGUGGAAAAGAAUGAAGGUCUUCCAACACCUUUUUUCUCUGGUUCAGACUUGUAUCCUGAGUACGUUAAUGAUGAAUGGCAGUAUGAUCCCAGAUAUUAUGACCCAUACAGGAACCAUCCUGGGUAUGCUGGAGGGUAUGACCCCUAUGGUGCAGGGUAUGACCCCUAUGGUGCAGGAUAUGACCCCUAUGGUGCAGGGUAUGACCCCUAUCAAGCAGGGUAUGACCCGUAUCAAGCAGGCUAUGAUCCCUAUCAAGCAGGUUAUGACCCCUAUGGUAAAGGGUAUGACCCAUAUCGUGCAGGAUAUGACCCCUAUGGUGCAGGUUAUGACCCUUAUGGAACAAGGCAUGACCCCUAUCAGGAAGGAUAUGACAACCAGGACCCAUAUCAUGAAACAGAGAAUCAAGCUCCAAGACAUGACAUAGAGCAAGAAACCACUCCACCAUACUCAGUGGAAGAAAAUGAGAGCCGCCCUACAGAGAUUUCAAACAACCAGGAUAACUCUUAUAGUGAAGAACAACCUCAGUCACCCUCCAUUUCGCCAUCAAGUACCCCAGCAUUACUAUCUGAAGGUUCUGAGAGCAUGGAUUCUGCACACAACAUGCCAUCAGAAGAACCAUCAAACUCUAGCUUUAUUGAAACAAGCAGAGAAAUUGGACUGCAGUCUUCCAAAGACCCAAAUGAUUCUAACAGUCCUCCUGAUUCUGCUGUGUCCAACAGUGAAGAGGGUACCGAAACCAGACAUGAUGCUGUGAGCAAGAAAAUGACUGCAACAGGGGACUCCAGCAGUGAGGAGAGCAUUGAGACCAUGGACUCUGAACAAGAGAGCCAGACUCCAAUAGAUCAGCAAGGAAACCAGGGAACUCCUGAUCCAGCGAUUCAGACACCUUCCCACAUGCCUGCGGUUCAGGUUAAUCAUAACAUGCAGGAGGUACACAAUGAAGAAGAACCUCACAGUCAGUCAAAUGUAGAUCUCAUACCUGCAUUUAGUUCAGAAGAAGAUGAUCCACUGGUCAACACACUCGAGCGCAUCAUGUCUCUUUCGUUCAAUGGUGGAUCCAAUGAAGAAGGUACUGCUGUUGGGACAAACCCUGAUUCUACACCCGCAGACACCACCAUAUCUGAAAACAACCAAAACAAAGAAUCAUUUUCAGAUGAAUCUGCAACCAAUACUCCAGGAAUCAGUGCAGAAGUGACUCAUGAAUCAGUACACCUCACCACAGAGAGCCCAACACUCAAUUCUGAAUCAGUGCCAACAAGUGAUUCACUUGUUAGCAAUGAAGACACCUCCAGUGAGAAUACCACAUCAAAUCUGAGUGCUAACCUGCACAUUACAACUCAGAGCAGUGGAGGAUUAGAUAAUAGUGCUGAAGCUAAUGCUAAUGCUAACACUGCUAACGACAGUGAGGAGUCUCGGGAAUCUCAGAUCUUUACACCAUCCACAGUGUUCCCCAUCGCUAGUCAACCAAGCCACGUGCAACACACUGAAAAUGGCAGUGAUGAAGAAAACACACAAGAUAGGAAAUCUGCCACCAUGAUGAAGGUCGUGCUUUUGUUCCUCUUUGGCUCCCUCACUGCUCUUCCAGUUCCCCAGGUGGAGGAGAUGCAGUCAGGAAGUGGGAAAUUCAUAUUCAACAGUGAAGCUGAUUCAGUCUCACUGGUGCCUUCCUCACCAAGCAGCACUCCGACCCCUCUCCUUCAGACAUUCUGGCGUUCUCCUGGGAGAACACAUACUCAGCUUGAGGCUCCUGAGGAGAACUUCAUUCCUGUAUCUGAGCAGCAUCUAGAGGUCAUAACCCUGAACCCCACUGUGCCUAAAAUAGGAGCCAAAAUUCUGAGAGGUGCUCUGAAUCACCCUACUGAGGUUCCCUCUGGUCCAACUGUUACAGAGUCCACAGAGCCGAAUCACACCGGAACCCCACUGCCCUUGACUCUGACUGCUCCACCCAGUGAACUGAACUACAGGCCUAUAAACAUCAGCCAUGACACAUCACUUCCAGUCUCAGGUCUGAGUGGAACAAGCUUGACGCAUUCUCACGUCAGGCCUCGGAGCGCUGAGAAUGCAGAGAACAAUGAGAACGCUGAGAACACAAAGAAUGAUGAAAAGAACAAGCACAACACUGGCACCUCUGGUAAAAAGAAGAAAAAUAUGGCAAAGGGAGGAACAAAAGGAGCAAAGGCAGCAGCGAAGGGAGGAAAGACAGAAACACAAAUUGAACAGAAUGUCAAAACAGAGAAGGUCCAAAGUGCUGAUUUUAGCUUUGAAUUUGAUGGUUUUGGAUGGCUAGGUGAUGACCCUGGCCAUGCCCAAACAACACAAGGACCAAACAGCCCUGGUGACACAAGCUCAAGCUCCAGUUCAAGCUCAAGUUCAUCAAGUGAAUCAAAAGACUCUAGUAGCUCAAGUGAGUCAAGUGACUCAAGCAGUUCAAGUCAAAGUGACUCAAGUGACUCAAGUGAUUCAAGUGGCUCAAGUGAUUCAAGUGACUCAAGUGAUUCAAGUGACUCAAGUAAAUCUUGUGAUUCGAGCAAGUCCAGUAGUUCAAGUGAUUCAAGUGACUCAAGUGACUCUUGCAAUUCAAGUGAUUCAAGUGAUUCAAGUGACUCCAGUGAUUCAAGUGAUUCAAGUGAUUCAAGUGACUCCAGUGAUUCAAGUGAUUCAAGUGACUCCAGUGAUUCAAGUGAUUCAAGUGACUCCAGUGACUCAAGUGACUCUUGCAAGUCAAGUGACUCCAGUGAUUCAAGUGACUCAAGUGACUCUUGCAAUUCAAGUGACUCCAGUGAUUCAAGUGAUUCAAGUGAUUCCAGUGACUCCAGUGAUUCAAGUGAUUCUAGUGAUUCAAGUGAUUCCAGUGACUCCAGUGAUUCAAGUAAUUCAAGCAGCUCAAGUGAAUCAAAAGAAAUGCCUGUAGUUCAUCACAGUUCAUCCAACUCCAGUGAAUGA